AUGAAUAAGGAAUACAAAAUUACACACACGUAUCUGACAUUGAUAACCCUGAACAUUCAGAUGUUACAUUUGUCAGCCGUAAGAUGAGUUACUAUGAAAGAAGGUCUUGACACGUGGCACUCAUCUAAACACUCUCCGAGCAAAACCAAAAACCCCCAAGAACGGAAAACUCGAAGAGCUACUACUUACUUUUCUUAACUUCACACACCCCUUUGUCCAGAAAUGGAAUUUACGGAUGGUGCGAGCAAAAGGGUAUGUGUUAAAGUCGAAAACGGCGCCGUUUGCACUACGGGAGGUAAGUGGGAUGAGUUAAGCCCGGAGAUAUUAGCUUCAAUUUUCGUAAGGAUUGUUCCGCCGGAGUUGAUGGUGAGGUCGGUGGCGUUAGUUUGCCGGAAUUGGAUGGAGACGGUAUCCGGUCCGUACUGCUGGACGGAGAUUGAUCUGGAAGAGUGGUGCCGGAGAUGCUGCAUUGCUAACCGUUCCCACCUAAUUGAUCCUGUCGUCCGUAAAAUUGUUCGCCGGAGCAGGUCCACAUUCCGGCGACUCUCUACUUACCGUCUAGGCGAUGUCGGAUUCUCCUUCGCUGCUAGCCGUGGAAGAUGUCUCAAGAUACUACAAAUCCCUAUGAGUGAAAUCACUGACCAGGUGGUUGAAAAGCAUGCAGGGUCCUUGGUUAAUAUAACCUUCUUAGACAUCAGCUACUGUUUAAAGAUCACAGAGAAAGGUCUGAAAGCUUUUGGAAAACAGUGCAAGUCCUUGACUCAUCUCAGAAGAAACAUGCCUCUUUGGGAGCUGCCCACCAGUGUUGAAGCUUCUGAUAUCAACGAUCAGGAGGCGCUGAUUAUAGCGGAAACUAUGAAAGGUCUUCAGCGCCUUGACCUUGCUUUCAACCGGUUGAGUGAUACUGGCAUUGAUGCUAUUCUCACCCAGUGUAAGGCACUAACGCACCUUGAAAUCCAAGGGUGUUGGAAUGUGGAGCUGAAGGGUGAUCUUGAGGUAAGAUGUGAAAAGCUUGUAGACUUUCGGAGCCCUUGGAUCCAUGAACGUGAGGAUAACCUUGCUGAAUCCUCGGAUAUUGAUAGUAAUGAAGAUGAAUAUGAUGAAGAAUCAAUCUACUCAGAAUCUCCCUCUUCAUCAGAUUUGGAUUAGAUGGCUGCAUUGCACCACCUUCUAAGUGUCUUUGUGCUGGUUUUUCGGGAGCUUUUGGAUGUGUAUUUAUGCAGAUCAUCUUGCGUAGUCAUUUCAAUGAUGGGUUUUGGUUUCUCUUUGAGACAUGUUAUCAGUAAGAGUUGUAACCUAGAUGCUUAGAACUUGAAUCCGUAAAUGCUGCAAUUAACAUGUUACUUGUGUAUUAUUUUUGGCCUCUUUAUAAUCUUGUUUUGCAGUCUU